AUGGCGAAGAGCAGAUCUCAAGUUGCCCCGCGCUCCCGCGCAGCACGAAGAGCAGCGUCUCCAAGUAUGGACCUUGACAAGUCUGUGACUUCACUGCCCCGAGCCGAAUCUCCGAGUACCCAGGGCCCUGCUGUUCUGGCUGAUCGUGCCAACGCCGGUGUCAUGAAAAAGCAAAAGAAGAAGAACGACAAAGUCUCAAGGGCCCAGCGGCUGAGACAACAAAAGGGAAUGGACAGAGCCGAGGCGGUGUUAGAUCAAUUGGAAAUCAAGAAAGCUAAAAGCUUCGCUCGUGCGAGAGUCGUCGAUGGCCGAAGGGCUGACUGGGAGGAGACCAACCGUAAAGCAUCAGCUUUCGCUGCUCUCCAGAACAACGAUAAUGACGACGAGGAUGAGGAGGGCGACGAUUCCAUGGCCGAAGAUGCUGCCCCCGCGAAGGUUCCUAUGGCAAAGAAUGUCUUUGAAAUGGAGGACGGGGAAGUGGACAACAAUGCAGCGAACGAUGCUACUGAUGACACUGCGGUCUUGGAAGAAGCCGACGAAAUCACCUGA